UCCAAUCAGAGAGCUCCCUGGUUAGCAUUCUCCUAUUGGCUUGCUCGGGCUGCCCGUCAGUGACAUUGAGAACAUUGCAAUUUGUUGAGCCUCUUUCAAUUACAACAACAUCGGACAAGACUGGUUCCGUGAUUUUCUGUUACUGAGUAAUGUCCAAACAUGUCCGGCAGUAGGAGGAAGAGGCGAUUUCGCUAUUCUGCUCAAGAAGCUGCAAGCACAAAUGUAUACAGAACGCCAGACUACAUGGAAGUAUUGACAACUCAAUACAAUGAAAAGUGUAAAGUAGAAUCAAGUACAGAAUCUGAAUCUGAUGCCUGUGCCACUAAUGAGGCAUUGAUGAAUGCAAGUUUACCAGCUUCUAUAAAGAAUCAUGCAACAGUGAAACAAUAUUUGGAUCCAUAUGAUGGUGACUUGGAAAGUACAUCAAGUGAAUCGGAUAGUGGUCAAGAUUUUCUGCUGGAUGCUUGCACUGAGAAGAUAAAUUAUCAGUCCCACGCUUUUGUAGCAAUUGACAGAAAAAAGUUGCCAGUAACACUUUACAAACAAUCCUUGCAGCCAACCUUUGAACCUGAGUGUAGUUGUAAAGAGUUAAACUAUGCACACAUGGAACCUGUGUUCACUGGUGAGGUGAUUCUACAAUCUUCUAGUGAAUCAGAAGUACCUUCUAAUAGAGUACGUGAUUUGAAAUUUCCAAUGAGACUUGCCUCAAAUACCAAACUGAAGCCGUUUGGAUCGUUGGAUUUGGGGAUGCUGACCGAGUCUCCCGCUGAAAACUCAGACAUUGGAGAAGAACAUGGAUUUAUGACCAUGCUAGCUCUGCAAAGCCCUGGGAAACAUUAUCUCAGUCGUCAAGAUGCCCACCUAUCCUCAGGACAAAUCUUAAAGACGUGUCAUGAAAAAGGGAUGUUCACGCCAAAGAGAAAACAUGGAAACUCUUUGUUUGAUACAGGUGGUGAUCGGAUAAAUAAAAAGAAAAGCCGUGUGAUCAAAAACUGAGGAUGAAGAGGAUCAAACAAAAUGUAUCUAAUUGAUCUAGAGCAACUGAGAAAGGAAUGUGAUUGCAGUUGUACACUGAAAAGAUGCAAAACAUUGAAGAUUUUUGAAAUUAAUUUCCUUUUGAAGCUUAAUGUAUAUGGUUUGUCUAGACAUUGACUUGAUCAGCCUAGAAAUGCAUCCAUUAUUUAAUUCAUAGCCUGAAAUUUACACACUUGCUACCAGUCUUUCAAACAAAAGUUAUCUUCAUUGUUCUUUACUCACACAAAGGGAAAUGGUAAUGAUGACUUGAAGAAAAAUGAUAGAACACUAAAGGUAGCAGCUCAGCCUUUUUGCAUCAGCAACUUGGCAGGAGGGAGGGGUGGAAAUGCAUGAAAGUGAGCAUUGCCAAGUCCUGCAAUUUUUCUCUUCAAAUGUUCCAGACCCCACCCUCCACCCCAACCAAUUAAACCUACUUGCAAGUAUAUUCUCUAGCAAUCCAUUCCGAAAUGUUAUUUUGUGCUGGCUUUUGUUUUACAAGGUGGUGUUCUUUGGUUUAAGAUCAUUUCCUCCCCCCAAAUGGGAACUGUUUCUUCCACAUGAUUUUGAACACCACUGUGCUUUGGAGAAGCUAUUUAUUUUCUUUAAUGUCCACUUAACUAAAUCACACAUGUGGAAUUGAUUCUGAAGACUACAAGAGAUGGAUGGAAGUAGAAGUAGGGCAUAUGGUCAAGAUUAUAACUAAACUGAUAACACUUUCCUGCCUUUUCACCAUAAAUUUUGAAUAUAUUUAAAUUCCUUUCAUUGAAUUCUUUUAAUGAGAUAUGCUUUGCAGCUAAUCAGUGUUUGUUAGUGCAUAGAUCAGGAAACAGUCGUAACAAUCACAUUGCAGGUACUUCAAACAAAGGACAGUACACAACUUCAAGAGAUGUGUGUACAUGUUCAUUAAGACUUGUUUAGUAAUUUGUCUGCCUAAAGAUCAAAAUAAUGUCUAUCAUGGCAACAUUUGUUCAAUCAGGUUUUCUUCCAAGCUUGGUCAGAAACUCCAAACAAAUUGGUCAAGUUGGGAGUAAAUCCUUUUAGUUUGCACAAGAGGCUUGUUACUUAAUUCUGUGGAGCUGAUGAUUGAGUGCAACACAAUGGUGGGAGAUGACACAUGAUUUGAAGGAAAACUGGGUUAAAAACUAUUGCUCACUGAAGAAAUAUUUUUGUUCUAAAUUUGGCUUAUACCUUUUGAAUUUGUCUUUUCACAUUUUUUCCUGGUUUGUAAUGCAUAGUCAUGCCAACAGCAUAGGUUAAAUUUCCACAGUGGCAAAGGUCAAUCCUUCUGAAUCUUGCAUCCCAACUGGAGGUAUGAUGAUAGAGGUUAAAUCACCAAAUCGUCUCUUCAAAGAUAUCAGCCCUAUCAAUUCAUUAAGACAAUGAUAAAUUUAUCUAUGCAUUUUGCAAUUAUUAACAAUUUGCCAAAGACCAUUAUGAAACAUCACCUUUUGAGGUUGCUAAAAUAAGGCUCACCUGCACCAGCCUUUGGCCUCCUAACAUUUGGAUCUAUAAUUUAAGCAGCACUUUUAUUCGAGGAGUCACCAUUCUGCCUAGCUUGAAUUACUGCUCUUUUUGAAUAGGUUAAUGUAAGUGAGCACGCUUUUAAACUAUAUUGGGCCCAAGGUUGGGAGGCGGUGAUAAAACAAUUCCUUCAAAAUUGCUAAUAAUACUAGCAUGGCUCUA